CCGUUUCCAGAAGUUGAGCUUCUUUCCUCGGUGUUCGAGCCAGUGCAGGCGCCAGGCUACCAACAACAGCAACAACAAGGCUCUCUCCGCAGCUCGGACUCUUGGCCUUUACAUAGCCCUGUCCCAAGCCUUGGGAACGACUCGCAGCCCACGCAAGCAUUUCCACUUUCACUACAUCCAGAUAUCUCGUCUUUAUCGUUAAAUUCAAGCGCCAGCGUUGCUGGAACUAUUCUCGACCCGGAUACACCACUCCCGAGUCUGGAAAACGAGCAAUCCUUCAUUAGUGUCAACCGUGAAGAGCAGUUGACAGACGGCAGUCCCCAGUUACAUCUUAUAUCUAACCAAUCUGUUUACAGAAGCCUUGGGAUCCCAUCAUACCCUAUGUCAGUAGCUUCAGGCUCAUACUUCGCUGGCCCGAUGCAGCCAAACAACCACCCUUAUGGUUGGGGCAAUCGCUCCUUUCAACCAAUGCAGCCUCAGUCAGGCAAUAUGAACCAGCAAUAUGCGCCAUCACAACAGUACCCUCCGGCAGGGUUUCCUGUUGGUUAUAAUAGCCAAUCAUUACCAAAUUAUCCACACGAUCCGCAACAAGCUUCAUCAUACUUAGCUGCAGCGCCUGGGAUGGUUCCUCGACAUAACCAAGCUCGAAGUCCACCAGUGCCACCAAUGGCUCGCCCAUUUCACCACCAAUCCGCUCCCGCCACCUUACCUGAUCAAUCACUAAUAGCAUCUUCUUCUACCUAUAUGAUGAAUCAACCCGCCUACUAUCUCCCCGAAGCACAUCCAGUUCCAUCCUCUCAUCCGUCCUCCAUGAGUCCACAAGCCUCUUCGAUGGUCAACGAGCCUGUCUACUCUUCUCCACCUUCGAUUCCGACAGGAGAGUCCACCGAUCGCCCCCUACGCGUGGUCAGUUCACGACCUCGACCACAAUGCUGGGAUCACGGAUGUGAAGGACGUGAAUUUUCAACUUUUAGCAAUCUGCUUCGACACCAGCGCGAAAAAUCCGGCGUCGUCGCCAAGGCAGAAUGCCCUGUCUGCGGAGCCGUGUUCACGCGCACGACGGCGCGCAAUAUUCACGUUGCCCAGGGCAAGUGCAAGGGUCCAGGACGAGAAUCUUCGGCGGAAUAA